GACCAUGUCGGUAAAUUCGGUAAAUUAAUAAAACAAGAAAAUAGUCUUUUCAUCCCGCUUUGAUUCUGUGUUGUUCGUCUAUGUUCAUUCCCCUUUAAGAAAGCAGUGAAUGUGCUUACGUAGGGAGUCACGUGAUCAUCAGGAAGCCAAUCAAACAAAAGCCCGGUAAGCUAACGCUAGCAGCUAACGCUACAAGCAAAACGUGAUGGAGUGUGGCUUAAGGGAGGUUCACCAAACUUUCAACCGACAUUUAGUAGACUCUUGGUGGCAUCCAGACGGGCUUUCACCCGCUGUCCUCCUUUGUUCUCACGAUUUCCGGAGAUGGUGCUUUCAGUGCUUUCUACUGGUAGCCAGGCUAACGCUAGCUAGCGGCUAACGCUACAAAUGAACGUUAUGGAGUCGGAUAGAGGCUCUAACCUUGUCGAAACGGCUGAACUUAAUGAGUGGAUUGGGCACGGACUGCAUCUAGCAAUUACUAUGUGGCGUUAUUUUGUAUCUGUCUGUGUGUGUGAUUCCUCUGAUAGCUUUUGUGAUGGUAAAGAAUUCUGCAUAAAGUAUAAUCCAACGGCGAAACUUAUAAUGACCGAGAAAUGGCCCCAGCUAUUUUUAUUGUGCGUGCAUUUAUGAAAAAAUGCACUGGGGGGGAAAAAAACCCUUAAACCAUAAAGUAAACACUUGUAUUUAAUAAUUAUAUCACAGCAGCCAUUAACAAUAAGUUGUCUUUUUGAAGUGUACUGUUCAAGCUGCAAGUCAUUUGUGUUACAAUUACAUGUUUGCACAGGCAUAUUGAUUUUGACAAUGUACAUUGUUCAAGUCAUACACGCUGUUAUAAAUGUUCAUACUUGAAUUCUUAUUGCUUACCAUACAUUUUUAUUAGGGCUGUCAAACGAUUAAAAUUUUUAAUCGAGUUAAUUACAGCUUAAAAAUUAAUUAAUCGUAAUUAAUCGCAAUUCAAACCAUCUAUAUAAUAUGCCAUAUUUUUCUCUAAAUUAUUGUUGUAAUGGAAAGAUAAGACGCAAGAUGGAUAUAUAUUUUCAACAUGCGGUACAUAAGGACUGUAUUUGUUUAUUAUAACAAUAAAUCAGUUCUAAAUCAGUUAUAGAAGUUUUAUAUUAAAACCCCUCUUAAUGUUUUCGUUUUAAUAAAAUUUGUUAAAUUUUCAAUCAAAAAAUAAACUAGUAGCCCGCCAUUGUUGAUGGCAAUAAUUACUUACACUAUAAAAUCAGUCGCACCCAAACGCCAGCAGAGGGCAGCAAAACUCCGCAAAACACAAUUAACAGGUGGGCCUUUCACUCUAGUGACAUUUAAAUAUGUCUGAGCUGGGCAAGUGCGUUAAUUGCGUCAAAUAUUUUAACGUGAUUAAUUAAAAAAAUUAAUUAACGCCAGUUAACGCGAUAAUUUUGACAGCCCUAAUUUUUAUAAAUUUAAUGUUUAGACUGCAUGUACAAUUGUUAAAUACAGUAUAUCAAAUUGAAUGCUGGUAAAUAAAUCAACAAGAAAUAGUUAAUCUGUAUUUCAUGCAUUGAUUCAGAUUUUCAAAUUAUAUAACAGUCCGCUUGGGCGAAUUUAUCGUCAUUUAUCGUUAUCGAGAUAAAUCUGCUCAAUUUAUCGUGAUACAUGUUUAAGGCCAUAUCGCCCAGCCCUAGUGCUGCACCAGGCAGAAGAGACAUUUGGGAUGGGAAAUGUUCUGCAGAUGAAAAGGGCCAAUAUUCAAAAAGGGCUAAUAAAGUUUCUCAGGGACACAGGGUUGUUGGACAGGAUAUAGGAAGGGGGUAAUUCAUUAGUAUUUAAUUCGGUUGUUAGUAUGUCAUUUAUCCAAUUUUUUGGCUCGGGUUUUAUCUACACUCUGGGUGUGUUUCACUGGUUGUCAGGAGGGAUUACUUUUAGUCUGUAACUGCCAGAUCUCGUGCUAAACCGUCGGUCCAGUAGGUGGCGGUAAUGCCCCACGGCACCGAGGGGUAAACUGCCAAUAAACAAAAAAAAGAAGAAGAAGGAUGUGAAUGGCUGAAGUUGCCGUUCGAUUGCUUUGGAAAGGUAGUGCUUUGAAGACAAUCCACUUUUCAUAUCUCCUUAGCCCCACGACGUAAUGUGAUUAUGUAAUUGACUGAAAGCUGGCAGAAAUUUUCGGACACGCCAAGAAUCCGUUCAAUCUCGCUUCUGCUUCGAUUCGUUUGGGUGCACGGUUAGGUUAGCCUAGCCUAGUUUAGCCGCUAACAAAGAGAACCAACACCGCGCCUGCGAUCAACACGUCGCCGAGGGACCAAACAUCAAGUCCCAAAAUGUCUGGUUUCAGAAAAUAUCUUGGUCCUGAGCAGCAGGAGUCAGAGUCUCCUGGCAUUAAAGAGGAAAUUGAGCACCCGCAAAUUAAAAAGGAACAGCUGGACGACCAUCAUCAGCAAAAGAGAGAAGAGCAACUUCCAAUCAAAAAGGAGGAGGUAGAGCUUACGUUAGAGGUAGAGCCAUACAUUAAGGAGGAGGAGGAUGUCACAAGGCCAACUGAUGAGCCUUUGAAGAGUGAAGGGGGCCUGAGUGAGACCAGAAGAGGAGCGGAAUCUGCAAGCGGCAGCAGCAACCUAACAGAAAGAUUGCAAGCAGACAGUUUCACAGCUCCACUAUCAGAUAGUGAAGACGCCAUGUCACACUUGCCUGACAGAGAUGAUGAAGGUCAUAAGAAAGCUGACAGUAACAACAAACGCAAAUGCUCUCCGUGUGGGAAAACCUUUAUUAAUAAGUAUACUUGUUGUAGGCAUACGAGGAGCCAGACUGGAGAAAAAACUUUUUCCUGCUCAGUUUGUGGCCGAAGAAUCUCCUCAGAGAGAUACCUAACUAAACACAAAAGAACCCACAAUGGAGAAAAGCUUUUUCCCUGCACAGUGUGUGGCCAAAAAUUCCGUCACAAGAGCUCUUUAAAAAUACACACAAAAACCCACACUGGAGAAAACCCUUUUCCUUGUGCAGUUUGUGGGAAACGAUACAGUAGCAAGAGCAAGUUAACAACACACACAAGAACCCACACUGGAGAAAAACCCUUUUCCUGUUCACUUUGUGGCCAAAGAUUCGCUCACAAGGGAGGCCUAACAGAACACACAAAAGCCCACACUGGAGAAAAACCUUUCGUCUGCUCAGUUUGUGGUCAAAGAUUCGCUCAAAAGCAACACAUGAUAGCACACUCAAGAACCCACACUGGAGAAAAACCUUUUACUUGUGCAGUUUGUGGCAAAAGAUUCAGUAGCAAGUCCCACUUAACAACACACACAAGAACCCACACUGGAGAAAGGCCUUUUUCCUGCUCAGUUUGUAGCCAAAGAUUCUCUCACAAGGGAACCCUAAAAGAUCACAUAAGAACCCAUACUGGUGAAAAACCUUUCGUCUGUUCAGUUUGUGGUCAAUGUUUCACUCAAAACGCACACUUGAAAAUACACUCAAGAACCCACACUGGAGAAAAACCUUUUCCUUGUGCAGUUUGUGGCAACAGAUACAGUAGCAGGCACCACUUAACAACACACACAAGAAUCCACACUGGAGAAAAACCUUUUUCCUGCUCAGUUUGUGGCCAAACAUUCUCUUCAAAUGGAUACCUAAAAAAACACACAAGAAUCCACACUGGAGAAACACCUCUUUCCUGCUCCGUUUGUGGCCUAAAAUUCGCUCGGAAAAAACACCUUACAGAACACACAAGAACCCACACUGGUGAAAAACUUUUUCCUGCUCAGUUUGUGGCCAAAGAUUCAGUCACAAGAGCUACUUAAAAAUACAAGAAGCCACACUGGAGAAAAAUCUUUUCCCUGCGCAGUUUGUGGCAAAAGAUUCAGUUGCAAGAACCCACACUGGAGAAAAAACUUUUUUCUCCUCCGUUUGUGGUCAAAGAUUCGCUCAGAAGCAACACUUAAAUGAACACUCUAGAACCCACACUGGAGAUGGACCUUUUUCCUGCUCAAUUUGUGGCAAAAGAUUCUCUUCUGAGAGAUACCUAAGAAACCACACUGGAGAGGUUGAAUGAAUAUGAAGUGAAAUAAAGUUAAGUCGCGUGAUCCUUGGCCGGAUGAUGAUCUGGCCAAAAAAAACCAAAAUAUUUUUUCCCCUCAUAUUGUUCGAUCCUGAUUCUUUUCACAAUUUUGUUUACUUGUUGUUUUUUUUUACAGUUGAAAGUAUAAGAACCUAGACCAUUGUUAACCAAAUCCGCACCUCGGGGCCACUUUUCCCAUCAUGUUUUCCAUGUCUCCCUCUGUUAGCGGAGAGAAACUGAAGGGGGACAGACUGUCGCAUGGGCCAAUAAAACCACACAGACAAACUUGUGCACUGCUUGGAUUGAUUAUUAGAAAGCCUAUGACUCAAUGCCGCACACAUGGAUCCUGGAAUGUCUGAAGCUCUACAAGGUUUACACCACACUAAGAGCCUUCGUUGCAAACGCAAUGAGGCUGUGGCAGAACACCCUUGAGGCACACUUUGAGCCAAUUGCGAAAGUCUCCAUCAAAUGUGGCAUAUACCAAGAAGAUGCCCCUAUCCCCACUGCUGUUCUUCAUAGGCCUGAACCCCCUCAGCCAAUUGAUCAACAAGACUGGCGAUGAAUACAGACUUAAGAAUGGGAUCACCCUCAGUCACCUCUUCUACAUGAAUGACAUCAAGCUAUGAGUGAGCGAGACAUUGACUCACUGAUCCACACCACCAGGAUCUACAGCGCGGACAUCGAAUGUCAUUCUGGCUGGAGAAAUGUGGCCGAACGGUGACAAAGAGAGGGGAGGUGGUCCAGACAGAGGGGGUUUCACUCCCAGUGGGGCGGAUAGCAGAUGUUGAGGAGAGCUUACAAGUACCUUGUAAUAUUACAUCACAAAGAGGUAUCUGCAACGAGUACAUGGUACCCGCGGGUUAUUAAAAGUAUUAAAAAAGCAUUGAAUUUAGUUUUCCAUUAUUAAAGGUAUUAAAAGUAUUAAAUUAGCUGUUGUAAGUCUGGAAUUUUAUCACCGUGGUCUUAAGUUUCAAGAACAUCUCGGUGCAACCUAAAUUACAUCCGUGACGAAGUUUUUUGUUGUUGUUUUUUUUUAAAUCCAUACUGAAGAUGACGCAUAGAAUUUUUACGAUGCACUGCACUACAAAUCGAAAUGCAACUCGUGCGUGCCAAACCACCACAACUGGCAAAAUUGAGAAUCCACCCACCUCUGCAUCGGGAAUGCGUCCGUUUGUCGGUGGAACGAAAACCCUGCAGGCAGAGGUAUUGUGGAUUCUGAACACCAAAACAGACCACCAUUCAUAUACUUCAAAUGAGUCCAUUGGUGAUCUGUUUCGGAUAUUACGUCGUUUUUGGUCGGCAUCAGCUGUCAGAAUGUUGGUCAUAUUGCGUUUUGUUCCAGAGGGAGCGUUCCCGAUGUCGUAACUGUCUUUUGUAACAAAUUUUCAGUUGAAAAAACGCACAUUUUCUUAAUGUUUAAAUAGUCUACAUAUUUUUAUGAUCAUUAUAAAUGCAUUUACACAAUGAAAUAACGCUGGAAAAGUUUGUUAAACAUAAUGUUGGUCAAAUCGUGUUUUUUUCCGGAGGGAGCAUUCCCAACUUUGUAACUGCAGCCAAUUUAAGCUCAUUAAGACUUUAAGAUAGAGGUAAAAUCGGGCCUAAAAAAUCCAGCCCGACCCGAACUGGUCCGCGGGUAUUAAAGCCCGACCCGUGUUUUGUGUGAUAAUAUUUGUGACGAUGUCUGCAUAAAACCCUGUCUUUUGUAACAAAUUCUCAGUUAGCGGGGAACAAAAACACACAUUUUCUUAAUGUUUAAAUAGAUUACAUAUUUUUAUGAUCAUUAUAAAUUUAUUUACACAACGAAAUAACGCUGGAAAAGUUUGUUAAAUAUAAAUAAACAGGUGCGGUUUUGCGGACUCGCAGAGGGGAAGAUUAAAAGAGCGUAUAGGCUCUGCAAUGACCAUACAGCGCCUUCUUUUUUUUUAAUCCAAAUUAUUUAUUUUAUAACAAGUAUUCCUUAGUUUAUCAUUCACACAUCGUUAAUAUAUAGUUAUUUCAAAAAGUUAGCGAGAAAGAACCCAGGCCCGGCCCGAUGUAAUAUUUGACAUUUUAAUUUUGGUCAUGUUUUCAGUUUAAUUUAGCUGUUUCCAGCUUGCUAUGUUUAUAAUUGCGAUGUUUGUUUACCGCUUUUCGUCUUACUGCGAAGAGGGAGGAAGUUAUAUCGGCCGCCGCUAUGAUAUUUAAGUCAUCAGCCAUCUGCUGUGACCCGGGAAUUUAACGCCUGCUUUCACGCACACUGCUUCCCAUGUCAGUCGACAAGGGAAAUUGUUUUCACACACAACUGCUGCACGGUUAAGUCCCGCGAUAUUCCCGUUGUUUUGGAGUAUGUGAUCGGGGCUCAAGUUACAUCCAGAUACUUUAGGUUGCAGUUUAUUCGCCAUGCGAAGGUAGUGGACCUGCUUAAACUUUUCGGUUUGCCUUUCGAAUGAAUGUGAAUUUCGCCAUUUUAACUCAAGAAUUAGCCAUGUUCACUGGGGUCUUGGCAGGUGCACUAGUGGCUAGCCUGUUACAAAAGAUGGCUGGUCUGAGUCCUGUCCUCCUCUUUUUGUCCCUAAUUAUUGUGUGCGUGUGUGUGGUUAAAAAAAAUUCUGACAGACUUUAUGUUACUUUAAAUGUGUUUUAAUUGUAUCUUCAAUAUAUGUGCAUUCUUUUGUCAAACACACUUAGUAAUUGAGGUUAAAUUUGAUGUUCAGUGCUUUAUUUAUUUAAUAUGAUUCAGUAUGAUAUAAAUAAUGGGUGCGAGAAAAGUAUUAAUUUUCAGUUGAAAUGGCAUUAAAAGUCUUGAAUUUAGAUUUAUCAAUCCUGGGGGGGACCCUGGAGAAAGGCAGGUCCUAAGAAGUCGGCUCAAUGGCAAGAACAAGACCCUGUGCUAUGUGCACAUACAGUGGUGCAAAUAUGUAUUUAGUCAACCACCAAUUGUGCAAAUUCUCCUACUUG